CCCUUCUCUCUCUCUCUCUCUCUCUCUCUCUCUCGCAAAACAAACAAACUCACACUCUACAAAGACUACAAUGGCCGACCGCCCCCACCCCCACCAGCUCCAAGUCCACCCCCAACAACGCUACGAAGGCGGUUUCAAGGCCGGCCAACGGGGCGACGGCGGUGGGCCAUCCAAGGGCAAAAUCCUCGCCGUCGCCACCCUCCUCCCUGUUGGCGGCAGCCUCCUUGGUCUCUCGGGCCUCACACUCGCUGCCUCCCUCCUCGGCCUUGCCGUCGCCACCCCUAUCUUCCUCCUCUGCAGCCCCGUUCUCGUCCCCGCUGCCCUCGUCGCCGGACUCGUCCUCGCCGGGUUUUUCACCUCCGGCCUCUUCGGGCUUACCGGGCUCACGUCGCUCUCGUGGGUCAUGAAGUACUUUAGGCAGGCCGGGCCGCCGCAGUUGGAUGAGGCCAAGAGAAGGAUGCAGGAUGUGGCUGUCACUGUGGGCCAGAAGACUAAGGAGGUGGGAGAGGCCAUCCAGCAGAAGGCCAAGGAAGCUGGGAAGUAGUAGAAAUGGGCCUUGGACAUGGGCAAUGGGCCUUGGAAUAAUCUCUUUUUUGCUUGUCGUUUAAUUACGGGGCUUGUGCGUGUAUAGGAGUUAGAACAAUGAGGGGUUGUUGUGUUCUGUUUGGUUCGGUUGCAUUGCUUUACUUAUGGACGUGUUUUUGUCUCUGUUUUUGCAUUUUCCUAUGUUUGGAUUGCCGCAUUUUAUCUU